AUGGAAUCGAACGGUAGUGAUGCAGGCAAUCGAGAAAGCAGGAGCGUUACGAUGGUUGUUUCGGGAUAUGACAAAUCGCUUCCUGAGGAUGAUGUCAAGAGAUUGCUGAGUGAACUUUUUUCUCCAUGUGGAGAGAUCACUAAAGUUUACAUUCCCACACGCGUUCGAAGGGUGACUGGUCGUCGCAACAAGUUUGCGUCUUCUUCCUCCAAGCUAGCUCGAAUUGACAAUAGUCACAACAAGGCCGAAAGCUACGAGCAAGAACGCAUAACCCCCACCACAGUCGUUCUUCAUAUUGCGGGACUGAGAGAUGUCGUAGCAGAGAAGGCGUGGGCGCUUAGUGGAUGUGACAUGGGAGGAUGGAAUGUACAUGUUGUGCAUUGUCCUGCACCGAGAGAAAUCAAGUUCGACCAUGUUUUUGUCGGGCCUAGGCCGGCUGUGCGUUGUUCUGCACCGAGAGAAGUCCCUCAUGGUGAGGAGAAAUCUCUCGCUCUCUCUCAAGGCUCUCUGUGA